AUGGGUUCCGCAGAGCCCAGGUGGAGCACGCGGUACCUGCCCCUCGGCCUGCUGGGGACCUGCCUCUUCCUCCUGGCCACCACCAUCGGCCUGGGGGUUCGCUACUGGCAGGUUUCCCAGCAUCUGCAGCAGGUGUCCCGAGCGCACGAGGCAGAGAGCAGCCGCCUCUCCCAGCAAGUCAGCACCAAGGGGGCGACCCUGGCGCAGACGGCGAGGGAGCUGGAGCAGGCCAGGCAGGAGCUGGGGCAGGCCAGGGAGGAUCUGGACCAGGUGAGGCAGGAGCUGCAGCAGGCCAGGCGGGAGCUGAACCAGGCGAGGUUGGAGCUGGAGCAGGCCAGGCGGGAGGUGAACCAGGUGAGGCCGGAGCUGGAGCACGCUAGGGAGGAGCUGAACCAGGCCAGGCGGGAGCUGGAGCAGAUGCGGCUGGAGGAAAGCAGCACCAAGGAGCAGCUGCAACAGCGAGAGGCCACGUUAAAGGGAACGAAGGAGGAGCUGGCGAGGGUACAGGAGGAGAAGAGAGAAAUUAAAGAGAAGCUGAAGCAAACGGAGAGCUCCCUGUCCAGCAUCUGCCCCUGCGAGCAGACAGACUGCUGCCCGGCAGGCUGGGUGUUGUACAGAGGAAAGUGCCUGUUCGUCUCGAAGGAGAAGACGACGAAUUGGGAAGAAAGCAGAAAAGAGUGUGACCGGCAAUCUGCUCAGCUUCUUAUUGCCAAAUCCUGGGACAGGGAGACAAUGCUGAAUUUUCUGAGAAAUACUGAUGUGCAGUAUUGGAUUGGACUCAGGAAAGAUGUGAAUAAGGAAGCGCAGUGGAUUGAUAAUUCACCCUUUGAAAAAGAUUGGAGCUAUUGGAAUUACAGAUAUGAGAGGUGUGGAACAAUAAGAGGUGGUGUCAUAAGCAGUGACACAUGCUAUUCUUAUCAGAAGAAGCCAUGGAUCUGUGAGAAGGCGCCCAGCCAACCCAGCUCAUACAGGCCGUGGUUUCCUUAGAGUCCCUGAAGAGACAAUCAGUGAGAGCCCUACAGGACACUCCUCUCCCGCUGCUCCAGGCUCGGCUCCUGCGCCGCCUUCGUGCCCUGCUCCCUGUGCCGAGGACGCAGCACCCGAGGGCCGGCCGGCCCCACCAGCACCGCCUGCCCCACUCAGCCUUGCCCCCUGCUCCGGCCUGGAGCUCCCACCCCCGGCAGGUGCCAGCCCGCGUGCUGGGCAGGGCUGGGGGCGUCAUGCCCAGGAAAAGAGCCGCCCGCCCUCAGCGGACAGCCAGCCCCCUCCC